GCGGGGAGAGGGCAGGAGCCUCUCCAGAAACUUCCUCACCACAACCACGGCUUCCCCGGAGCUAAUUACUACUCUCGCAACAGAGUGGUUUUCUGAUACUCUUCACUGCAAAUGUGCGGAAGUGAACGUUCCAGGCGAAAUGCGUUUCUGAGGCUCUUACUGCUCACACAAGGGUUUUCAUGGCAAAAGGGGUCCGGCUUUUGCAAGUCCUCGCACCCGGCCCCCGGGGCCCGCCGGGCGGGCCGGAGCCCUCUGCGUGGCGGAAGCGGCCCACGGGCUUCCAGAGCGGCGGCGGGGACCCCGCUCACCCGAGGCGGCCCAGAGGCGAGCUCUCGCCCGCGCAGGACGCCGGGGUUUUCAUCAACUCCCAACCGAUCCGCCGAAGGAGCGAGCACAUGACCCGCGUGAAUGAUGUCCUCAGGCUCUUUUCCAGUUCCGUGCGCGGAAGUACCAUCCUCGGGGCCCCGAGAAAACCCAAACGGCCUUCGGCCCGAACCCGGCUGCCGGGUUAUCCCGGGCCGGGGCCCGAGAUCCACGGUCGAGCCGGGGGCGGGCCAGGCCCCGUUGGAGGCGCGGGGGUCCCGCCGCCUCUCCCUCCUCCGCCCCCGGGGCUGGGUGGAGUCCCCGCGCGCGGCGCCCCCGCUCCCGCCGCCCAGCCGGCCCUGCGCGCCCGGGGCUCCUCCCGCCAACCCGGGCCCCGCGGGCCUCCUCCCGGGGUCGGCGCGGUGCGCGCGCUCGGCCGCCGGCGGCUCGGCGCCCCCGCCGCGCCCCGCUUCCCGCGC